GCCGAGCCUGGUGGCCGGGCCCAGCCUAGCGGUCCCGGUGGGCGUGGUCACGUGGCGCGAAGCCCCGCCCCGGCGGGCCCAGGCUGCUUUUUCAAUCCUGCGUCUCGCUUCCCGGGCGGAGUCUCCGCACUCAAAGAUGUCGACUCACUGGUUCCCUGACCGGUUUGGGGAAGUGGAAGUCUCCGGGGGCCGGACCUGCCCCAGCUCGUGACCCAGCGCCCUGCGGCCCGGAUCCUGGUCCCUCGACCCUCGUCAACUCCAUGGCCGCACUGAGCCCGCUGCUGCUGGCCGCGCUGCUGUGGGUCCCUGCAGGGACCCUGACCUGCAUCGGGGACUCGGGCCAGCCAGUGGACUGGUGAGCGCGUCGGUGCGAUCAUGCCCCGGGUUGGACCGGAGACCGCUGCGCUCCUGGGUGAAGCCUCGGCUAACUUUUCGUCCCCCUCCUGCGCCUCUGUGCGUUCCCCAAACUGCAGGUUCGUUGUUUACAAGUUACCGGCUCACAGCGGGCCCGGGGCGGCCGCGCAGAGGGGUCUGAGGUACAAGUACUUGGACGCCAGCUCCGGGGGCUGGCAGGAGGGCGUGGACUCCAUCAACAGCUCGCAGAGCGCCGUGGGUCGCAGUCUACUGCCGCUGUACCGGAACAACGCCAGCCAGCUCGCCUUCUUGCUCUACAAUGACCAGCCUCCUAACUCCACAGCGGAUGAGGCCGUUUCCAGCCGGGGGCACACUAAGGGGGUGGUACUCCUGGAUCAACAAGGGGGCUUGUGGCUGAUACACAGCGUGCCGCGGUUUCCUCCGCCUGCCUCCUCUGGCACCUACCGCUGGCCUCCCAAUGCCCAGACCUAUGGGCAGAUGCUGCUCUGCGUGUCUUUUCCCCUGGGCCAGUUUGUGGCGAUUGGCAGGCAGCUGACCUACACUUAUCCCCUGGUGUAUGACAAGCAGCUGGAAGGACCCUUCACUGAGAAAUUCCCGGACCUGGUAGAGGUGACAAAGGGCCACCAUGUUCUCCAGGGGCCCUGGAACAGCACCGUGACACUCACGUCCCAGGCUGGGGCCACCUUCCAGAGUUUCGCCAAGUUUGGAAAGUUUGGAGAUGACCUGUACUCCGGCUGGCUGGCAGAAGCCCUGGGCAGCGACCUGCAGGUGCAAUUCUGGCCCAAUUCCCACGGCAUCCUGCCCUCCAACUGCUCUGGGGCCCACCAGGUGCUGGACGUGACUCAGACCGCCUUCCCUGGCCCCAGCGGGCCCAGCUUCCGUGCCACAGAAGACCACUCCAAGUGGUGUGUGGCCCCCAAAGGACCUUGGGCCUGUGUGGGCGACAUGAAUCGGAACCUCGGGGAAGAGCACCGAGGUGGGGGCAUCCUGUGUACCCAGCUGCCCGUGCUCUGGAAGGCCUUCCAGCCACUGGUGAAGGCCUGGGAGCCUUGUCAGGGCAGCUGGCCUUCUCACCUGAGGGCUGCACUUCCACACCAGCUGUGACUCAGUCAGCUCAUCUGUGACAUGGGAAGCAAGGUGGCGCUGGAGAGAUAGUGUAGUGGAUAGAGUGCCUCCCUUGCACUCAGUCCACCCGUGUUUGAUUCUCGGCAUCCCAUAUGAUUCCCUGAGCACUGACAGGAGUAAUUCCUGAGAGCACAGACAGGAGUAACAGGAGUAACCUUGAGCACUGCCAGGUGAGGCCCCAAAACCAAAACCAAAGAAAACAAAACAUUAUCAGGAUUCCAUAAAAAAAAAAAAAAAAGGAUGGGGGAGUAGGGUAGUUGCCUCUGAUUAUAAGACAAUAAAAGAAUUUGGAAGAUG